GCUGCGGGACACUCCCCCUUCUCACUCUACCAAUUUUUUCUUUUUCUUUUUACUCAAUUAUUUAUUUAUUUAUAUUAUUCGAGAGAUUUGAUGUUAAUUUUUGUUUAAUUUUUGUAUUCUCUUAAACUCUGCAACUCUACGUGUCUCUCUCCAGCCCCUGGGAGCCAUUGAUCCAUGUCCUUCCUUCUCCAAAUGCCCUGAAUAAUUUUCUAGGGUUUCCAGUAAAGGAGGCAUUUCCAAUAGGAGGGUGCUUUGUCUUGAAGGUGCUCAACAUUCUGCAGGUUGUGCAAAAAGGUUUGGACUUCUUGGAAAUUGGGGUUUUGUUUGUUGUGAAUUUGUGGGUAUUUUUAUUAGCAUUGAGAGUUUGCAUUCUAUGUGGAAGAACUGGCAUUUUGAAGGUUUUAUGUGCUGAAUUUAACUUACUAUGGUGAAAGAUUGAAGAUUUUCAAGAUUCUAGGGUUUGGGUUUCUGAAAUUGUGGGUUUUGCUUCUUGCAAAAGUGUGACUUUGGUGGGUUUGUGAAGGGGGGUGGAUUCAUGCAUUUCGUGCUUGUUGGAUCAUAUAUAUUGGAUGAGUUGAAUUCUGGGUUUUGGUUAGGAUUGUGUGGUCAAAAUGCAAGAUUUCUAAGGGUGAGAACAGUGGUUCUAUAGGAGGGCAUUGUUGGGGGUGGUUUUGGUGCAUAAUGGGUUGCAUUUAUUGUAAGCCCUCUGCAAUUGAGGAUAGCAAGGAGAGCCCCAGAGAGAGAUUGUCCAACAAGGGGGCAUCAGACUCGCGGACGACGAGGGUUGCUUCCUCAAGGAGGGAGGAAACUUAUCGGCCGAAAGAUCGAUAUGAUGGCAAUGGUGGGAGAGCAAUGUUGACUGAUACGCAAGUGAAUGGGCCUGUUCGAUCGCAAGGUGAGAAUUUUGAAAGGAAAAGGGAAAAGAUGGAGUAUGUUGUUGCUCAACAUCCUGGGAUUGGUAUCAUUCCAAAAGCUGCAGAAGGGGAGCAGGUUGCAGCAGGGUGGCCCUCCUGGCUAGCUGCAGUGGCUGGAGAGGCCAUCAAAGGAUGGGUACCCCGUCGUGCAGAUUCAUUUGAGAAGCUAGAUAAAAUUGGUCAGGGAACUUACAGUAAUGUUUAUCGGGCCCGUGAUCUUGAUCAAAAGAAAAUUGUUGCUUUGAAGAAAGUGAGGUUUGAUAACCUGGAGCCUGAGAGUGUUCGCUUUAUGGCAAGGGAAAUUCACAUUUUACGAAGGCUUGAUCAUCCAAAUGUUAUAAAACUAGAAGGUCUAGUUACUUCAAGGAUGUCUUGCAGCUUGUACCUUGUGUUUGAGUACAUGGAGCAUGAUUUGGCAGGGCUUGCUUCACACCCUGGUCUGAAGUUUACAGAAGCACAGGUUAAAUGUUACAUGCAGCAACUGUUAUGUGGACUUGAUCAUUGUCACAGUCGUGGUGUUCUGCAUCGUGAUAUUAAAGGUUCCAACCUUUUAAUUGACAACAAUGGCAUGCUGAAAAUCGCAGACUUUGGUCUGGCAAGUUUUUUUGAUCCUUGUCAAAAUCAACCUUUGACAAGUCGUGUUGUAACUCUAUGGUAUCGUCCACCUGAGCUUUUGCUUGGUGCUACUUACUAUGGGACAGCUGUGGAUUUGUGGAGUACAGGUUGCAUAGUUGCUGAACUGUAUUAUGGAAAGCCUAUUAUGCCUGGAAGAACUGAGGUGGAGCAGUUGCAUAAGAUUUUCAAGCUUUGUGGCUCACCUUCUGAAGAGUAUUGGAGAAAAUCAAAGUUGCCUCAUGCAACCAUAUUUAAACCCCAACAACCUUAUAGACGUUGUGUGGCAGAAACUUUUAAGGAUUUCCCUGCACCAGCUUUAGCACUUAUGGAGACCCUUCUUUCUAUAGAUCCUGCAGAUCGUGGAUCUGCAGCUUCUGCUCUCAAGAGCGAGUUCUUUACAACAAAACCUCUUCCUUGUGAUCCAUCAAGUUUGCCAAAGUAUCCUCCAAGCAAAGAGUUUGAUGCUAAAGUACGGGAUGAGGAAGCUAGAAGACAAGGAGCAGCAGGGAAGGGCCAAAGGUUUGACCACGAAAGGAGAGGAACAAGAGAGUCUCGAGCCAUACCAGCACCUGAUGCCAAUGCUGAAUUAGUCAUGUCAAUGAAGAAAAGACAAGAUGGUUCUAAGAGCCGUAGUGAGAAGUUUAACCCUCAUCCAGAAGAAGUAGCUUCUGGCUUUCCAAUUGAUCCACCUAGGCCAUCACAAGCCGUAGAUGCAAGUGUAGAACAUCAUGGACAUAAUCAUAAGCGAGCUUCCCAUUCAGGGCCAUUGGCUCACCGGGCUGCAUGGGCCAAGUCUACUAAGAACCCAGAUGAUGCUCCAAAGGUUUCAACUGGAGCUGACUUGUCAGCAAUGUCAGGUUUAGUGGUAGCAAGGAGGAGUAUGUUAUCUGAAGAACGCAGAAAAAGGUCUAGUUCUUCACAAAUGGAAGUUCCAAAAGCAAUAGGCAGGUUUCCGGGUUCCUUCAAGGAGGCAUCAGAUCCCCUACAACAAGAUCAAAAGCAGGUCAUUGAAGGUUCUCAUCAAAAAGAUAUUCGAAGCAACAAAGAUCCAAUUAUUGUUGGUUACGGAUCAAAGGGUCACAAAAUGCACUACUCAGGUCCGUUGCUAGUCCCCUCUGGGAACGUGGAUCAGAUGCUGAAGGACCACGAUCUCCAGGUCCAGGAAGCUGUUAGACGAGCACGCCUAGACAAGGCAAAGGUCAGAAAAUUUCACGCUGAGGCGAACCAAAUAUCCACCAAUUCAUUAUUUGUUUCUGGUCGUUGAGCUGGCAUAAGUAGACCCGAAAGCAGAGCAUCAGCAACAGAAAAAUCACCGCAGAUAAAAUUGCUGGUUUUCUCUUGUGAAAUGUGAGUUAUUCAUUGGUGGGGGGUGCUUUUAUUUUUUUGUAUAGGGGGGGGGGGGCACUCGUGGAAGAAUAGCCGGUGCCCAUUUUUAACUAAGUUUAUAGCACACGCUCGCUUGCUCUCUCGCUCUCUCACCUGUAUCGUUUUCCCUCCUUUGCAACUGAAAAAUAUGGCCCAUUCUUGUAGAGCUUGUUAUAAGCCAUAAGCUGUAGAGUAUGUGGGAAAUAUGAAAAUUGUGUUUUGUGAUGGAAAAGAGUAAUUUCCUUGUGCUGUUCUAACCACCUUCCCCUUUGUCAACUUUAUUUAGUUUUUGGAUAAAAAAUGGGGAAGGGGUGAAUCUGUCUACUCUUUUGAGUUCACAUUUAUAAUUCUCACUGUAAUCAUGAUUAGCCCCCUUUUUCUUA